CUUUAUAUUUUAGCAUCGCGUUAUUAAUUUAUUCCUAUUAUAUGUAUAAUGUUUAUAUAAAUAAGUACAUGAACUUUACACAAAUCAUUGUAUCUGAUUUCAUUGGCAUAUUCAACUCUACAUAGUUAUUUUAAAAAAUCUUGAUAAAAUGUUUCAAAUCACAAGACGUAGUGCAAAAUUAUUUAGUACAAAUUUUAGUGCUUUGAGAAAAUACGCAGAUACCCCUAAUGUAUCAACUCUAAAAGGUGGUGAAAAUAUUUUGUAUUUGUCAUUACAAAAAAAAUUUCCUCAAGCCAAAGAAAUUAAAAUCAAAGAUAUUUCAGGUGGUUGUGGUGCAAUUUUUGAAGUAUUUAUUUCGACGACAGAAUUCAAGGGAAUGAGUAUGGUAAAACAGCACCAACUUAUUACCGAAGUUUUAAAAGAUGAAAUUAAGUCAAUGCAUGGAAUACGAAUACAUACAGAAAUACCUGUUGAAAAUAAAAAAUAGAAUUAAUUAAUAAUUAUGUAUAAUAAAAAAAAAAAUAGUUAUUGUAAAAUAAAAAAUGAGUUUUCUGUUGUA